CUGUCUCCUGGGGCCAGAUGCUGGGAUGUGGGGGCGAGCGGGCAAGCCUGAUCCCGAGUGAAUGAAUUACUGGGACAGAAUAACCCAAUCGAAACUCGGGUUUCCUUUCUGCACAAUGUGACUAUUACGAAUACUUGCUUUUUUUUUUUUCUUCCUUUCUUUUCUUUUUCUUUAUUUUUUUUUUUAAGCUGCUACUACUUCUUGUGCAGGGAAUACCCUGUGAGGGUGGCAGGGAGCCCACCCUUGCCGCGGACCUUUGGACUGGUCCCUAGGGCGCAGUGUUUGGAGUGGAAGAGGAAAGAGCCGGCCUAGCUAGCCACCAAGCCUUCUGCCCCUCACACACUCGGGAUCCCCGUUCUGACUUUGAUAUUCGCUCAAUUGUUGUGUGUAAUGACACAAUAUCCUGAAACCAUGGAGGACUGUGUGCCCGCCGAAAGUCUGGGACAAGUUUAAGGAGAGAGAGCUCUUCCCUCCUCCACUCAGAGCAGAAAAUGAACAAAUCCCAGGAAAACGUGUCAUUCAAGGAUGUGUGUGUGGAUUUCACCAAGGAAGAGUGGUAUUUGCUGGACCCUGCUCAGAAAGUGCUUUACAGAGAUGUGAUCCUGGAGAACUAUAGCAACUUUGUCUCAGUAGGGCAUUGUGUGACUAAGCCAGAUGUGAUCUUCAAGAUAGAGCAAGGCGAAGAUCCCUGGAUACCAGAAAACAGAUUCCAAUGCCACCCAGAAAGGAAAUGGAAAGUGGAUGACCUAUUAGAGAGCAGCCAGGAAAAUCAAGAUGAACAUUUUUGGCCGUUCAUGCUCACCAACAAGAUCAUACACGUAGAAGGUGGUGGUACCACAAGAAAAACUUCCAGUCUAGAAAUGGACCCUGUUUCUUCAAAAAGUUUUCUGCUCAAAAUAUGUGACUCAUGUGAAAUGAAUUUAAAGAAUAUUUCAGGUGUAAUUAUUAGUAAAAAGAACUAUUCCAGAAAGAAGCUGAAUGAGUUUAAUGUAGGGGAGAAAUCACUCCCUAAUAAUAGGCAUGAGAAAAUUCCUGUAGGAGCAAAAUCCUAUAAAUAUAAUGAGAAACCAAAUGGCCUCAGCCUUUGCCAGGCUCUCACUCAGUCGGUUUCUGAUCAGCCUUUUGAGUACAAUGAAGAUGGACAAGGCUUCAGUGAGGAAGUGGCCCUUUGUACGAAUCAGCACUCUCAGCUAGGGGAGAUGCUUUAUAAACACACUGAAUGUGGAAGAACUUUCGUUGAUGGUCUGAAGCUCAGUGUGUCUCCGAAACCUCAUUUGCAUAUGGAGCCACAUGAAUGCAGUAUUUGUAGAAAGUCCUUUUAUGUGGAUCUACAGUUUGGACAUCAGAGAGCUCUUCUUCCGAGAAACAAUCCUUGUGAGCGUAAUGAAUAUGAGGAAAUCUUCCGUGAUGGUUCAGCUCACAUUGUUCAUCAGGAAGCUUACCCAAGAAAGAUUGCCCCAGAGUACAAAGUGAGUAGCAAAACUUGGGGAAAGUCAGCUCUCUUUAGACAUCAGAUAGUACAGAUGGGGGGAAAACCCUAUGAAUACCAUGAAAAUGGGAAAAUUUUCAGCAAGAAAUCACAUCCCACCCAGUCUCGAAGAGCUCACUUGGGAGAAAAAACCUUUGAAUGUGGUGAGUGUGGUAAAAUGUUUUGGGAGAAAUCAAACCUUACCCAACACCAGAGAACACACACAGGAGAGAAACCAUAUGAAUGUACUGAAUGUGGGAAAGCCUUUUGCCAAAAACCACACCUUACCAACCACCAGCGAACACAUACGGGAGAAAAACCCUAUGAAUGUAAGCAGUGUGGGAAAACAUUCUGCGUCAAGUCAAACCUUACUGAGCAUCAAAGAACACACACAGGGGAGAGGCCCUAUGAGUGUAAUGCGUGUCGGAAAUCCUUCUGCCACAGGUCAGCCCUCACUGUCCAUCAGAGAACACAUACAGGGGAGAAACCAUUUAUAUGCAAUGAGUGUGGGAAGUCAUUUUGUGUGAAGUCAAACCUGAUUGUACAUCAAAGAACGCACACAGGGGAGAAACCCUACAAAUGUAAUGAAUGUGGGAAAAUGUUCUGUGAAAAAUCAGCUCUUACCAAACACCAGAGGACUCACACAGGGGAGAAGCCCUAUGAGUGUAAUGUGUGUGGGAAGACCUUCAGUCAGAGGUCAGUGCUCACCAAGCAUCAGAGAAUUCACACGAGGAUGAAGGCUCUUUCAGCAUCCUGAAUGUCCACCUUGCUUAUGCCUGUCAAGUCGGUUGUAUAGUUUUUAAAAUGAGCUUCGAGACUGCCAAAGAAUGCCACAGAGUACCAGAAAAUGCCAUUUUGUUGAAAUAUAUGAAAGCUUUUAAGAAAAUAAAAACUUUCAUUAGAAAGAUUGUAUUGAAGGGAAAUCAUUCAUAUAAACAAUAUGGUUAAAAAAUCUAUAGAGUUUAAAUUGUGUAGUGUCUUCCAAAUGUGUUUCAAAAUGUAUUUUAAAUAUAAUGGGUAAUAUUAAUUUUACUUGUAUUCAUAAGAGUGUAUGAAACUUAAAAGUGAGUGACAAUAACAUUAAACAUAUAUGUAAAGAACAUCUGAUGUUUAUAGACCUUGUGUGAGUAUGCUAAUGUAACAUUUAUGUAAAUUAGGAAGUGCUUGAUUUAUGUAUUGGAACCCAGUAAGGAUGUGAGGAAAAAAUAUGAACCCUUAGUGUAAUAACUAUAAUAGUAUACUUUCCAUAUACUAAGUACCACCAGUGUCUUUGUAGGUUGAUAAGAUUAUGUAUGUUUAUGGACAUAUGUGUGAAUGUGGGUCUAUAUGUUUGCAUAUGUAAAUAUGUUUAUAUGCAUGUACCUAUACACGAAUGGUGAUGUCAUAAGGGCAGCUCACACCAACUUAAAAGUGCUGAUAAUUGUUAAAAUUUCAGGAAUUUUGUGAAUACAUUGUUUAAAAUUAGUGAAGUUACAGGUAAAUUGUAUUGAGAGCAAAGGAAAUAAAUAGCACUCACCUUUCCUAGUAAUUUGCUGUCUUUCACUGUUAUCUUUGCUGCUACCAUUGGCCUUCAUGCUGAGAGCGCUGUAGAAUGGGUACCACUGCUCAUCUCUCCCGGACUCCACCACAUCCAUCCCACUCUCAUGGUGGUAGCUUGGCCUUAGAACAUUUACACUGGGGAAACUGGCAGAGCGUGUGUCAGGGCAUUGACCUUCUCAGAGAAGCUGUGUGUAUAUAAACUCUAAGGCAGAUUUAAAGUAUAAGCCAGCCAUCUUUCCAUUUCCUAAAACAAAUAAGUGGCUAUGUCCAUCAUUACCAAACUGCCUCUAUAGUAAAGAAACCACAAGAUGGUUUAUUGAGCCUUUUAAUUACCUCAGAAUUGUCCAGUUCUAAAUAUUUCCAUUUUCUUGAUAGAUUGGUCAGUAUGUAUUUCAAAUGUCAUUCUCUCUCUCUCUCUCUCUCUCUCUCUCUCUCUCUCUCUCUCUCUCUGUCUCUGUCUCUCUCUCUCUCUCUCUCUCUCUCUCUCACACACACACACACACACACACACACACACACACACAUACACACACACACAAAAAAAAACAUUAUCACAUACUUUUCACUAUUCUGGACCAUAAAUAAGUAUGGCCAUUAUUACCAAACUACCCAAUUGGUGAAGAAAUCAUACAUAUUUCUAAGGGUUUUUCUUAGCUACCUCUGUGUCGAUUGUAUAAAUGCUGUUAAUUAAAAAUGGUAUUUACAUGACUUAACAUGAGUUGUCAAUGGUAAUGCUGCACUCUAAAAAAUAUGAUAGUGUAUAAUAAAAUGCUCAUUUUAUACCCUUGAUAUAUUCAGUGUGUAACUAUUGAGGCAUGUACCCAUAGUUCUGUGUAAUUCAGUAACUAUAUACUUGUAUUUAGAACUAUAGACUUCUGUAUAGUGUCUCUACCUCCUUUGUUCUAUUCCCAAUACCUCCUGGAAACACAUUGAUCAGUAGUUUAAGAGCUGCUACUCACCUUCUUUGCUGAGCUGAGUUUUAUUUCUUUUUCCUCCUCCCCAGAUGGUUUGGGGAAUAAAUCCAGAUUAGUCAGAGCUAAUCAUGACAACUCCAUUUUGACAAUUUUGUUGAAGUUAGAGAAUGCUAUGUAAUACUGGAAUAGAUCUCGGUGAUGAAGUCAUAAAAUGAGACGGUAUAAGAGACAUGAAAAGAGAUCAUACCUUUUGGAUGCAUUUAUUUACAGCUGUAUAUGACGCUGGCAUAUAGUCUGGUCUGGAAGGGCAGUGACCCAAGGAUGGCAGUGCACACACCGUAAAAAGCUGACCCGAUAUGAUGUCGCUGAGCUGUUUAGCCCUCUACACUACUUUCUUCUGGGACUUUGUAUGAUUUUCAACAGUACCUGUUACUUGUUUAUUAUUAGGUCUGUCUGAUACUUAGAGUUGAAGGCAUUCCAGCUAAUAACUGAGGUCACUUUUCCAAGUGCUAACAUUCCGUACAGUGGUUUUUGGGAAAAUCUCUUUUCAUCAUUUGAUGCACGGAUGGAUGCUUUUUAAAGCCACAGGUCUUUUUGGUGGAAAAUAGAAUGCCUCAAAUAAAAAAGAUAUUAAUGGUAGACUAACUCUAGUAAUGUGGUCCAGGAACAAGGGAUAUUGAAACACACCUAGACUAGUGCCUACAGGUAGCCAUUUUCAUUCUGACAAGAAUGUAAACUGAAUUAGCAUAUCCCGGUUCAAGCUAAUGUCAUUGAGGAGAUACUGUUACUACAAAAAUUAUGGCACCAAAUUGCUAGUACCUUAUUUUGAAGAACUCAGCCAGAUGCAACUGCAGGUGAGCCCAGAGAAGAGUGGAGGGAGAGUCUAGGUAGCAAAAAUGUAGAAUGAGCAGCUUAUUGGUUUUCAUUUCUGUAAAUUCCUAAACUCUCAGCAUUGGAAAUAAAGCUAUUGUACUAAUUGAAACAAU